AUGUGCCAUUUCGGUCUCCUUACAUGUUGGGGGGUUCCAUUUUGUGAUUGGGUGCUGGCCCCCCGUACCGCUCCCCAUGCUCUGCCAGGCCCCUAAUCUGUCAUGGGCCCCUGUACCGCCUCUCAUGCUGCUGCCAGGUCCAGAGUGUGUCAUGGGUCCUGGUACUGCAUCCCAUUGCUGCUGUCUCCAUCGCACACUCUGCCAUGUGUCACUUUCAGGUCUCCUCACACUGUGGUGGGUUCCAUUUUGUCAUAGGGUGCUUGUAUGGCCUCCCUUUUGCUGCUGCCUCCACCGCCACUGUGGUAACCACACUCUUGUUUUGGCACCGGACUGCCCAAUUGAGUGUAGUGUGCGGUGAUUCUAGAUGACGGACACUCAUCUGCAUGUCAUACUG